CACCCUCAAAAUCAAUACCAAGCCCAAUAAUUGAACAAAACCUUUUCAACAUGUCCACCACCGUGCUCGAAACCACCGGCAUCCCUCCUCCGACAGGCUCUGCCGCCGACCUCACCCUCCCCCUCUGCUUCUUCGACCUCAUCUGGCUCCAUUUCCACCCCAUCCGCCGCCUUAUCUUCUACAACCACCCUUGCACCGAGGCCGAAUUCUCCUCCACCAUCGUUCCGAACCUCAAACACUCCCUCUCUCUCACCCUCCAACACUUUCCCCUCGUCGCCGGAAACCUCCUCUUCCCUCUCGACACCGACAAAUUCCGCCCCCUAAUCCGCUACCUCUCCGGCGACACCGCCUCGCUCACGAUCGCCGUCUCCCGCCGCGACUUCGACGAACUCACCAGAAGCCACGCUCGAGACUCCGAUCAGUUUUACGAUUUCUCCCCGCCGAUGCCGAUGAAGGCCGAGGAGGAAAAUUACAAAAUUGCCCCUCUCAUCGCGCUCCAGGCCACGCUCUUCCCCGGCCGCGGGAUCUGCAUCGGGGUGAGCAAUCACCACUGCCUCGGCGACGCGAGUUCCGUGUUUCGAUUCGUCUCGGCCUGGGCUGAGGCGAAUCACCGCGGCAGCGGUGAGCAGUUUAAAAACUGCUCAUCGCUACCGCUGUUUGAUAGAUCUGUAUUUGGAGAUAUCAAGGGCAUAAGCGACAAUAUGUGGAGCACUAUGAGGAAUAUUCCUAUGACUCAGUCAAGUUCGCCUGUGCCUACUAACAGAGUCAGGGCCUCGUUCACACUCCAUCGGUCCGAUAUUAAAAAACUCAAGGAUGUUGUUUUGUCGAAAAAGCCCGGCCUAGUUUACAUCUCUACUUUCGCCGUCACGGCGGCGUACACGUGGAGUGCCGUUGUGAAAUCCGCGGCCGCCGCCGGGGAGGCAGCGGACGAGGAUGGGAUCGAGGCGUUCCUUUUGCCGGCGGACGGAAGGGGGCGGCCGAACGCGCUGGUUGACCCGCCGGUGCCGGUGAAUUACUUCGGGAACUGCGUGGGUGGUGGGGUGGCGGUGGUGGAGCAUAAGAAGUUGGCGGCGGAGGAAGGAUUUGUGGCGGCGGCGGAGGCGAUUGCGGAUUUGAUCAAGAACAGAGUGAAUAAUAAAGAGAUAUUUUUUGGAGAUUUGGAUGGUUGGUCAUCGUAUAUGUCGAAAUUGGCGAUGUUGAGUAAAUUUGGAGUUUCUGGUUCGCCGAAGUUUGAUUUCUCGAAUGCGGAUUUCGGAUGGGGAAAGGCGAGGUGGUUCGAGUUUUUGUCGAUAGAUGAGGAGAAGUAUUCAAUGUCGUUGUGUAAUUCGUUGGAUUCCGAAGGCGGUUUGGUGGUCGGAAUUUCGCUGCCAAGAAAGAGAUUGGAAGCUUUUAUAACAAUUUUUGAAGAGGGUCUUAAAUUUUGAGUACUAAUAAUGUUGGUGCAAUGGUGCUAAAAUUUGAUUAUAAGUUUCUAUAUUUAUUUU